CCAAAAGCCCUUCCAUUGGAGGCGGCGAGCGAGGCGGCAUCGUGGCGCGGGCGCGGCCCGGGCGGGGCCGCCUGGUGAUGGCGGCGGUGGCCGGCGACGCGUGCAUGGGCAAUCGGGAGAAACGGAUCGGAGCCCACCGCGCGCGUAGCUCGAGGCGCCUGCCCGGCCAUGCACGCCGAAAUAUCUGCGCCCAUCGACGCCGGCAGCGGGCAGCCUCUCGGCGAGUUGGCCGGGUGAAUGAAUCAGUGGCCGAUCUGAUGAUCCCGAGUUCGAUCUUGAUCUGUCGCCUCCGGGCAGGACACCUCCCGGAAGGCCGGCCGGGGUGCAGGUCUUGAGAUCUCAAAUUCACCGAUCUCCAUCUAUCCCAAGCCGAACUUGAUCCAAGAAGAUGAUCACGUACUCUAGCUAGCUCUCGGCUCUCUGAUCGAUCGAUCCAUGAUUUCAUUUCACCGCUUCAUUUUUUUUUACUGUGUUGCGCGCUGCUCCCUGUUUGCCCUACCUUGCCGGGCGGGCGCCUCUAUAAAAGCAGUAGCGUGGCAUUGCACUCCUUGCGUACCAAAGCCAUCCUACCUAGCUAAUCUUGCUCCGCCAUCGUCGAAGAAAAAGGUUGGGGAAAGAUCACUGCCAGCUGCAGAAUAUGGCAACGGCUGAGGUUCAACAAGUGGUUGCAAUAUCUGUGUACGACAACAAGUGUGACGAGGUCCAUGACAUGCCCACCAUCACCAAAGUAGAAGAGGUAGCACCACCUCUCGUAGGAGAGGAGGAGCUGCACAACAAUGGCGGCUCCAAGGAAGAGGCGAUCGUCAGCGAGGAGCAAGAAGCCAUUGCCGCCGUUGACGACGACAAUACAGAUGCAGACGAGGACGGGGAGGGUCAUAUCCACGACGACGUCAUAGAGGAAGUCAAAGCCAAGCUCGCCAUCCAGACCACCCCUGCGGCGGCGGGAGCAGUCGAAGCGAAAGAGCCCGAGGAGGAAGAAGGAGGUGAAGGUCGACGCCGCCUGCUGGAAGCAAAGAAGAAGACAACGACCACAGAGAAAGCAGUGUCCAAGGCGGUGGUUAUCCCCGUCGACGAUGACGACGACGAUGAUCACGGCAAGCAUCGUCAGGAGGCGGCGGCUGCUGCUGCCGUCGAGGAGGAAGAAGAGGCUAAGGGCGAUCACCAGCGAGCGCUGGAAGACAACAAGGAGAACGCCGGCGAGAAGAGCAAGGCUCAAGAGAAUGAUGAGUAGGGUUGAAACUGGAUCAAAAUUGCAGAUCUGUUUGAUCUGCACCUGCACGUACGUGUCCUUUGUCGUAGUAGGACUACGGUCUAAGUGAAUGGCAACCAUGAUCGUUAUAAUGGUCAAGGCAAAAUAAGGCUAAGGUCAACAAGUUUAAAGUAGUAUGAAGUUAAUCACUUAAUUAUAUACUACCUCCUGUCAUUAUUAAUAUUUGACAUUAUAUGAUAUCGGUGAUAGCCGCGUAAUGUUAG